AUGUUCAAAUCAUCUCUCCUGAGCUUUCUCGCCUUCUUCACCUUUGUCAUCGCCGUCGCCGCGGGACCCGUCGGCGAGUUUAGUGCGGGCGAUGACCCCUUUGGCGUCGAGUACGCCGACGAAGCGGACGACAUCUGGGAGACGGGCGACGACGCCAUGUCCCCCAACGUAGCCGCCGCCGUGGAAAACAAACUCGCUGCCCGCGACCCCAAGCACUUCCGCUUCUACCGCACCCUCUUCUACACCAAGUCCUGCGGCGUCAACGCCUCCAACUGCGUCGACGGCGGCAACGACAUCGUCAAGAUCCACACCGACUGCAACGGCGGCGGCUGCAAGGGCACCAAGUUCUUCGCCUACGAGCCCAACAACCGCCUCUGCGGCAAGAAGUUCAAGGUCUGCGGCACAGAGUACAGCAUCAAGUACACCGGCAAGGAGUGGAGCUGCAUGCGCCUGACCCUCUUCAGCAUCCGCAAGGGUUCCCACCACGGCAGGACCUACGGUCACCUCAUGAAGGGCAGCAAGAAGGUCGGUACGUGCAAGGUCGACACUAAGAAGAGGUAUGCCAAGUCCUGCAGCGUCUGGGGCGCCUCCGACUUCUGGUCGCUUGUCCAGUGCCGCUUCGAUUAA